AUGCAUCCAAUCAAAGCAUGGUAUCAUAGUACAAUUCCUGACUGUAUAACCUGUCAUCAAGUAUGGCUUAUAAUUCAUGUUUUAGUAACAAUUGCUUUGUGUAUACUCUAUUUUACACAUAUAAUUCAAGUUUCAGGUGGUACUAUAGCUAUUUGUGAAUUACUUUUUGGAGUACUUGUACGAAAUGAAAUCUUUAUAGCUUUACUCCAUCGAUUUGUAGCAUUAAUUCCAUGUUUUAAAUAUGAAUUUAAUCGAAUGUUACAUUGUAUUGGUGGUCUUCAUGUUUCAUCAGCCAUUGCUUGUCUUUUCUGGCUUUUAAUUUCUCUUAGUUGUGAACAUCAUGGCUUAGGUGUGAGAAUAACUGGUGGAAUUAUUCUAUUUCUUAUUUUAUUGAUUUCAUUAACGGCAAUACCAAUAGUUCGUCGUCGUUUUCAUAAUACUUUUGAACAUAUUCAUCGUUAUAUUGGUUGGACAUCUUUGAUCAUACUUAUUAUUCAUGUAAUCUUUAUUCAGUUAGAGAAAUUUGAUUCUUUUAAUACAAAAACUUUAUUCAAUAUACCUGUAUUAAUUUUAUUGGCUAUUAUUAUUAUUAUCUUUUUACCGUGGAUAUGUGUUCGUAAAGUAUUCGUACAAUAUAAUCAACCAUCAAAAGAUUUAACUAUUUUGACAUUUCCUCAUGUACUUUAUCCAUAUGGUUCAUUCACACGUAUUUCAUUUGAUGGACAUGAAUGGCAUGCAUUUGCUAUUGCUCUUACGGAUCCAUGUACAGAUCAACAUUCAGUAUUAAUUGCAGCUGCUGGAGAUUGGACUAAAACUCUAGCUGAUGAUUAUCGAAAUAAUAAAUUACCACAACAUGUAUGGAUUCGACGAAUAAAAGGUCUUGGUUUUAUGCAUAGUAUUCAUGCUUAUCGAAAAGUAUUAAUUGUAUGUACGGGUGCUGGUAUUGCACCCGCAUUACCAUAUAUCAAAGAUCCAUUACCUACAACUCAUACACAUAUUUUAUGGAUUGCUAAAAAACAUGAAGAGAAUUAUGGAGAAUAUGUUUGGAAAUUAGUCCAAAAAAUGCAUCUACAUUGUACUUUAUAUGAUACAUCAGUUAGUGGACGACCUGGUCCUCAAUUAGUAGAAGAACAUUUUUGGAAAACAAAUUCACAAGCUGUAUUUGUUGUAUCAAAUGAAAAAUUUACUAUUGAAGUGAUUAAUGCACUGUGGCGCAAAGAUAUUCCUUGUUUUGGAGCUUUGUUUGAUUCCUAA